AUGAACUACUACUCCGGUUGCCUUUUCCUCGCGUCUCAGUUACGUGGGACAUUGCGUGCUAGUGCCAGUGUGGUCCAGCGCUUAAGUGAUCCAGUCCGUGAUAGCCGAUCCUUGAUCGGUAUUCCGAGUUCUGUACGUAUUACUACCAUUACUACAACUACUAUGAAUUGGCGUUUCGUGAUGGAGCUCCCAAUCAUUGAGCAACUGAACCUGCAGACCAGCCCAUCUGAGGUCGAGGAAUGGGUCGAACGAUUCGAACUGAGGUGCAGCAUUCGUAAAUAUGAUACCCAAAACCAAUCAGCUCGGUUCCUCACUGCGGGCGGUCGCGAUCUCUAUACCGUUAUGAAGAAUCUGCCGUUUCCUUAUACUCUAGCUGAAUUACUGUAUGAGUCCCUAAAAUAG